UAUAAACCGCAUUAAAGAACAAAUUUUAGUUGAUUAUGACAUCAAAUUAUGUGCUAUUAAAAAUAUGAGUUCGCAAAAUAUUUGUUGUUGUGCGUUAUUGGCAGUGCUUACAGUUUCAUGGGUCGAAGCACAACUUCCGCCUAGAAUAACAGUACCAGGUGCUAUUUUAGUUCAACCCAAUAGGCCGCAGUUAAGGCCACACAGAUUAAAUCAAGACAAUAUACCACUUGCUGUACGUAUACGGAAGCCAAUCGCCAAUGCACUUCCAAUAUCUAUACCCAUUCGUGAAGAUAAUGAAGAUGAUCAAAGUUUAGACGGAGACGAUGAUCUCGGCAGGCCCAACAUACCUCCGCAACUAGCUACCCUUAAGCAAUACUCCGAAGAUGAACCGCCGCUCAAACCUAUUCAAUUUCGACCGGAGCGUCCCAUUCCGCUUCCGGCACCUCGACCAAAUUUAAGACACUUAGAUGAUGAGGCGCCAGUACUACGUCAACCAGCGAGACAACUACCGGUACCACCACCACAGAUUCAAGCCUCUCAACAACAAAUCAGGCAAAAAGUGCGAGUUGUGGCAAAUCCAAGGCCCGUUCAACAACACCAUCACGAGGAAGAUGACGGACGUCGCAAUAAAAAUCGUAAACCGCCCGUACAAAUCUUACGUAAAUAUCGUAACGACAACGAGGACGGUAGUAUAACUUGGGGAUUUGAAAACGAAGAUGGCACGUUUAAGGAAGAGACAAUUGGGGCGGACUGUAUUAUACGCGGAAAAUACGGAUAUAUCGAUCCAGAAGGAACGAGGCGAGAAUAUUCGUAUGAAACGGGAAAUAAAUGCGAUCCUUUAGAUGAAGAUCUGUCGCUUGAAGAUGUACCUCAAAAGGGACCUUUGCUUAAACCCUCAAAGAACGCGUAUAGUGGUCAAAUUAAAAUUUAAGCGAAUUAUGUACAAAUGUUAAUAUGUUAGGAACUGUCGAGAACUAUUAUUAUUGUUUUAGUUAGCGCCAUAUUGAAAUUAUACCAUU